UUGUUUUGACAAUUUGCCAGUGUUCAUUGAAUAAAGGCGAAAAAAAGCUUUUUUCUUACUUAAGUUUGAGAAGCUUGCUAUGCUCACAUUAGCUCUGAAAACUAUAUUGCUGCAUAUAAUUCACUAGCUACAAGCACUGAAAAGCUCAAUACAAUGGCGAAGGAAGGAGGAAAGACUCGUGUCUUGGCUGACAUGAAGCUUUUAUUAGAGUCUGUAGCAGACUCGGAGGAAGAACUACAGAACUGCUCGGAAGCUUUUGCAGCAACUGCAACUUUGCUCCCGCAAAACAGUGUUGCGCAAGACUGUUUUAUGGAUCUUGGGGGGCUUGAGUUAUUUCUUGGAAUCGCCAAGAACUCGGAGAAGGAAGAUAUGAGGAAAACAGCGUUAUAUAUCCUUGCCCUCGCGAUAGAGAACAACAGCAAAUCAAGAGAAGCGUUAACCAAGCCGAAGAUCUUCAAGUUGAUCAAGAACUAUCUGAAUGGCAAGAAUACUGUGAUUAGGACCACUACAGCAUUUCUUCUUGUCUGUCUAUCUUCAAACAAUGGUAGUGCACAAGAUAUGGUGAGAGACUCAAAAUGUCUGCACAAACUCUGUGAGAUGUUCAAGGAAUGUUUGCCAAGCAGCAGUGUCCAACGUUCUGAAGAGCAGUGGUUUGAUAGUAUGGAUGGGCAGUCUCUUGAGCUUUGGACUACCGUCUGUAGUGCCAUAUGUGCAUCUCUUGUCAACCCGCAAAAUGAAAGCAACCAGCAGCUUUGUUGCUGCCUCUUCCCGGCAGCCACUCGGGUUCUGCGAAGUACCGCGAAAAGAGAGCUGAUCCACCCUGUGAUUACUCUGUUGGGAGCGUGUGUUAUGGGCAAUCGUGACUGCCAGACUCGGUUGCGCAUUGUUGGCGGGAUCCGUGCGUUGAUGGAGCUAUUGAGAGACGCUCUCUCACAGGACUCAGCUUCGUACGGCGCCAAUGAUGUCAAGUUUAUCGCCCAUCUGGUCAGCACCCUUGCCUCUUCGUACUCAGAACAUGCCAUCAAUCGAAGCGAUGUGGGGGAUCUCGGAAUCGUUGAGUUGUUAAUGAAAGGCAUGUCAAUCAACUGCAACCAUAGCAACACGUUGGAUCGCUUCCGAAUGCAGAGUGUCAUUGGUUUGUCAAGUGUGGUGGAUGGAUGUGACGCUAACCAGCAGCGAUUCCUGGCAAUUGAUGGUCCUGCCAUCAUGGUACAAGUGCUGACGUGCAGCCAGGACCCUGAUUUCAAGAGACUAGCGACCUUCGUGCUGCACUGUUGCCUGGUGAAACCGAAAGGUGACAGUGAAGUAGACGAAGAUGACGUACUCAUGCUCGCUGCUGCAGGCCAGGCGAAACAGAUGUGCAGUUUGACGAGGCAGGCACAGAGAGAUCCUUUACAACCUGAUGUAGACAAGGGUUCUCUUCCAGGUCUUCCAUGUCAGACACCACAAGUAUCUCAUAGAGGUAUUGCUAGCGAGCAGAGACUAAUGGAGACGAUCCGUAAGCAGCACGAGCUGGUCAGUCGAUUGGAGAGCAAGAUUAACGAUAUGGAGCUUAGAGCGGGGCUUAGUCGAGCUGGGGGUGAGAGCGUGAAGCCUAGCAGGGCGAUGAGACAUCGAGAUUAUGAGCAUCUCGUCGAUACCGAAUCAAACCGAAACGAUGCAUGCCACACCAGGCGGCUCCAAAAGCAAGCUAUCAACAACACCCGAGAAAUCACCACACAAUAUGAACCCAAUGAAAGUGCGAACAUGCAUGACCAACAGUCCGCCAUAGGGAAAGCACCCAUGAUCACCAAACAGCCAAAAGCUUCAAAUAUCCGCAAAGGCAUGAGCCGUAUUGCUGAAACAAGAGUCAUGGCAGAAGAACGGCCAAUGAGAAAAGAACAGCUUGAUACUGAGACAGACGAAAGUCAAGGAAGUGUAUUCAGUCUUGCGCGGGAUGCUCAGGAGGGGUCCAGGGGGCACCACUCCCUCCACGAGGAACAGGAGAUAAUGGAGCUGGAGGAAGUACAGUUUAGGGGCCGUCUUGGCACUCUUAAAGAGCUGAGCAUACAAGGUCACCAGAAAAGCAAAAUAUAUGAACAAACGACGAUAAAGGAGACAGACCCGAACGAGGGACGGGAUCGAUGGAUCUCCCGUCGCCAAACCGAGAAUGAGAAAACCCAACGUCAUAAUAUGGAGAUAAGGAGCAAACGCGUAGAAGUAUCCACUAAGGAUAAUGCAAUUGAAAACUUCCCAACGCAAAAUACCAACCAUGGAAGGUCUGCCAAGAUGAUUGACCACAACGCGAAUAUUAGUUCCUAUGGCAACUGUUGCCAGGGUGAUACGCCGAGUGUGCGCUCCGUUUCCACGCAAUGCGAGUUCUCGUACGACAGUCAGGACUAUGAUGAUUACGAUGGGCAUCAUAGUGGAUACGCUUCAUCCUCGGAUGAUUCCAGUGACUACGAGUGUGGAUGUUCAAGUGAUGCCGAGGUUGUUAUGAUUACGAGCUGUACUCUACACAAGCUGUGCCCGUAAUUUUCAACAUGCCGCAACAAAGUUAUUAUCAAGACUCUGGAUCCGACAUGCGUGACACUAGGUUGGACUUGUGUGACCCUGGAUCCGACAUGCGUGACACUGGAUCCGACAUGCGUAACACUAGAUCCGACAUGUUUAACACUAGGUUCGACUUGUGUGACCCUGGAUCCGACAUGCGUGACACCGGAUCCGACAUACGUGACACUAGAUCCGACAUGUGUAACACUAGGUUCGACCUGUGAGACCCUUGAUCCGACAUGCGUGACACUGGAUCCGACAUGCGUGACACUAGAUCCGACAUGUGUAACACUAGGUUCGACUUGUGUGACCCUGGAUCCGACAUGCGUGACACCGGAUCCGACAUGCGUGACACUAAAUUCGACAUGUGUAACACUAGGUUCGACUUGUGUGACCCUGGAUCCGACAUGCGUAACACCGGAUCCGACAUGCGUGACACUGGAUCCGACUUUGUAACACUAGAUUCGACUUGUGUGACCCUGGAUCCGACAUGCGUGACACCGGAUCCGACAUGCGUGACACUGGAUCCGACUUUGUAACACUGGAUUCGACUUGUGUGACACAGCAUCCUACUUGAAAGACACUGUGGUUUGGGUUUUAUAUUGAAUAUUGAAUAAUCUUGUCAUUUUGGAAAGUAAAUUUUCUGUGUUGUUUACUUCUUUAGAAAUGUAAUAGAGGUGUAGGAUGGGUUGAAUUUCAGACUAUUCAAGUGGAUUUAUUUUCUUACUGAAAUCUUAUUUGCAUGGCGGCACUAAAUCAUUCGUCAGGCAAGUCGGACCCAGUGUAAUCUCCUGCGAAAUCGUUCUGACCGGUCACGCAAGGCGUUUGAGCUCAAGCGCAUAGAGUGACAGGCCAGAACGACUGACCAGGAGACUAGGCACAGAGUCUAUGGAUGAAUCCUGAUUGGUCAUCAGCAAAUGAUUCCAGUGAUGUGAGUAUCGUAAAAAAGCAGCACAGUAAACACAGCAGAUGAUUCCAGAUUAGUUAGGUUAUUAAGAUUAGCAGGUUAUUAAGGUGCAGCAUUUACUAAUUCAGAGACAGACAUCUGUUUCUUCACACCGAAGAAUUUCGAUAGAUUUCUAUCCGAUUUUUCCAUAAUUUUAGGAUUAUUCAUUAAUGUUUUCUGAACAUCUCAUAGAUUAAGUUUGGCAUAUUAAUUGUUUCAUUAAUUUCACACAGCAUGCAUGUAAUAUGAAUGUUUAUUAAAAUAAUGUUGUGCUGUU